AAAACCUUAUCACCUACCUAAUCCUCAACUAUUCUCAUUAAAGCAUAUGACAACAAAGAAAUCCCCUCUCUUCACCAAGCUCCACAGAGCAAUCCGAAAGGUAAAAUUCCUGCUCUCCUUCAACGCAACCAAAUGGAUUUUCUCGUCAAUCCUCGGCUCUCCUUCCGAUAAAAAACAUCGAAGGCGCCUUAGCUUAAGAAGCCAGCCUUCGGGUCUUCUAGACUGCACCAGUAACGAUGAAUUCUUCGAAGCUUCAGGCUCCCCGUUUGUGCUGUCGAGGUCCACAAGUUCGGUGACUGAUCGGUCGAGAUCGACGAGCCCAGCCUCGGAGGUUUCGAGGUCAACGAGCAGUGCGUCGUCGACCGAUGAUAUUGAUCAGAGAGCCGAGGAAUUUAUUCGGAAUUUUUACAGGCAUAUACAAAUGGAGAGGCAGGUUUCUCUCGAGCUAAGAUACUGUAAAGGGAAGGAGUUGGAGAGAACUCGAUCAUGAAUUAUAUAUGGAAGUCCAUUAAUUUUGGUUUUUUAAUUCAUUGGAUAUUUGAUUAAGGGAGUGGUAACAAGUUUUUGUACUAUUUCAUUUUUGAACAUUGUGUAUGGAAGUUGUAAUUUGUAAAUAUCGUGUAAACAAUGGACGAAUGGAGAGAAGUCCGGAGCAAUAAGAUAUCGGUGUAAAUUGAUCUGCAAGAAUAUUUGAAAGAGCAGAUUGUUUGGUGUUGUAAAUUGGCAGUUGAGAAACAUUGAGUCGCUUUUGAGUCUUGUAUUC